AUGGCAUCUCAGCGUUCCCGUGUCUUCUUUGACAUUAAAGUCGGCGACAACAAGCUUGGGCGAGUGACAUUUGAGCUUUUCAACGAUGUCGUACCCAAGACUGCGGACAAUUUCCGAGCACUGUGCACUGGCGAGAAGGGCAUUGGCACCCAGGGCAAGGAAUUGACCUACAAAGGCAUGUCUCCGAUACCCCGCCAUUCAGCAUUGGCUAACCGCGCAACUCCGACACAGGCUCGAUUUUCCACCGUGUGA